AUUAUGAAAAUAGAAGGACACUUGAAUUACAGGUUACUAUCUUUGAACAAAGGAUAAUUGUGUGUAAGAUUUCCGCAAUCAAUUAUUAAGCUUGGGAAAUACCAUACCUGUGAAGAUAUAAGUUUGAAUACGAGAAAAAUAUGCCAACGGAUAUUUACAACGAGAAAUUCCAGAACUGGGUUAAAGGUAUACUUGCACUUAACACAACUAGAAAAGCCCUGAAAACUACGGUUGAAAAAAAAUGGACCGAGUUCAUUUCAGCAUUACCAGAGACAGAAAGGUCUCAGAUGGAAACGUUCGUCCGUUGUUUAAACAGAAACGGGAUAUGUUACUUCAAAUCAUGGCGGAAGGAGAAAAACAUUACGUGGCAGUGUGACCAUAAAGUUUGCAGGGCACUUCUUGAGAAGUUUAUUAAAUUAGAUACGAGUACGCGCAAGCUAAAAAUUGAAUAUGAUCGGAAAGCUGAAAACACGAAAUAUGAAAGUGAUCAAUGUCCUCCUGAAAAUAAGCCUGAUGAUGCAGAAAUGUUGGACCCGGGAGUAAAUUCUAAUGAAUCAGAGAAUUUGGUAAAUGCAAACUCACAAUAUGGGGAUUCGCAGGAUAUGGUUUGGCAGAUAGCAAAGUUAUACAUAUUUGGAGAGAAGGGAGGUGGUACAUAUAAAAGUAUUGACGAUCUUGACAUAUCGAAAAUAGUCAUAAUGAUGAGGAGCUGUGAACUGUUCACUUUUGAUGGAUCAUUGCAUUAUUAUGAUGAGGUACUUGAUGUCAGGAACGAGCUAAUGCAUUCAACAAGCAAUCACUUGUCUGAUGCUAGGAUAGCUCACAUCCUAAAAGAAGCAAGGGACCUAUUGAAUGACCUUUCAAAAACGGUCGUUGUUACUGAUGUUUCUUUCUGCACAGAGGCUGUUCGACAAUUACAACAGCUUGAAGUUAGGAAGUUUUCAGUUAAACAGCAAUCCAGCGAGUAUAGGGACAUGGUAAGGAAGAUUCGCAAUGCAGAAAAGGCUGUUUUGGAGUUAGAUACAUCUAUAGAAGAAAGCAGUAUCAAGCACAAAAGCAAAAGCAAACAGCUUAUAGAUCUACUAAAUAAAGUAAAAACGGACAUGGAAAUCACAGAUUUGGAAAAGGAGGAAAAGAUCAGUGAAUUUGAACCGUCAGAGUUCAAAAAUCAUGUCAAAUCAGCCAUUGAAUCUAAAAGAAGUGCAAUAGAAUCAGAUAUCAGUGAAUGUGAAAACACUGGCGAGAAUAAUAAACAACUUGUACGUUUAUUGGAGGACACAGAUGGUCAACUAGAAGACGUAGAUCAACUAAUAGCAGAACCAGAGCCGGACGAAGUUUUAGAUUUAAUUAGUAGUCUUAACAAAGAAGUCACCGUUAUCAGGAGCGAGUGUAAAAAGUGUGAGUCGGAGAUACUCGAGCAUGACAAGAAGAUAGAUGAAUUAAAUGCUGAAAAUACAAUUUUACAAGAGUUAGUUAAGAAUCAAAAAGUGCAUGGAAAUCUGAAAGCUGAUCAACAGGGAAAUUUGAUAACAAGACAACCAAGAAUUUCUUUAGAUAAACGAUCGAGAAAAACAGAUGGCUAUUUUACAACCGGUGGAUACGAGGCGAUUGAAAUGCAAGAGCUUUUUACACAGUUUACACUAGCAGAGCUUGUCAAAAAAGCAAACAAAGUGCGUAGAAGAAAAAGAAGAAACAUAGUACUCGUAGAAAUUCAGUAGUCAUGUAACAGCAUUAUAUUGGGAAACUUAAAAGCAUUCACUUAUUGCUUCAGUAGAUGGUCACUAUGUUUUUAAACAUUAUUUUGAUACACAAAGGACAUCGGCCGAAAGUUUAUUGUUUUAGCUAUUUUAUUUUGUUUCGUUGUGUAUGAACAUUUUACUCAUCUAUUAAUGACAUAGAAUACGUGUUAAUGACAAUUGAAUUCAUUUAAAAAGUAUGCGAAUUAGGUCACUUUUUCACAUUGGAGAGAUAAUAAGUGCACUUGUACGCCAGAAAUCCAUAAUUGAAACGAUUUAACAAAUUAUUCAUUUCCCGAAGACGGUGAAAAAAGGAUAACUAUAUAAAAGCUGCCUGUGGAUUAAUUCUUUUUACAAACUAUUGUUUUUUAGACGUCAAAAGCAGCACCAAAGCAGCAGAUACAAAAAAGCAGAGUGCUUUAGCCACACUUUGAUAAUCGGACAAAUUCAAACAUGCAUUAGAUUUUAAUAGACCUACCCUACCGAAAUAUCAAUAUCCUUAUUUGGCGUAAGAAUCAUGUUUAUUUACUGCAGAACUACCUUUUCCGCUGAUGGCCCUGCGUUUAAAGGCACGAUAAGGCAGGAUCUCCGCAAUUUUAAAGAUAUGAAAGAAAAUGUUGGUAUUUUUUCAGAAACGGUUGCCUUGUUCGCAUGUACGUAUUCAUAUUGAAGUGUAAAAUACACAUCAUGACCGUAAAAACAGUUUUAUUUACACGUAUACUGAUAUAUUGAAUGAAUUCAGUGAUCCCGCAGAACCAAAAAAUAUAAAUAAAAGAGAGACAGCGGGAUAUGUGGAGUUAAGUGGCUUGUAAAAGGACACUUAUACCAUAAUGGUAGCCGAGAUUGAACCAGGGACACUCCGAUCUUAAGGCGAACACACUUCCACUGCGACACACUGGUUCCACGGUAGCACGGUCGCCGAGGGUGUAUUUGAAUUUACUGCUUACAUAGUAUUUUCUUUUUCAUUUUUAAAAGAUAAAACAUAAAACAUACCGUUAUCAUGGCGUUAUGUUGUAAUUACUGAAGUAUACUUUUAGAGUUUAUGAUAAUUAUUUACCAAUGAUUUCAUCUGUGCUAUUUUCUUCCUCAAACAUACGCUCGUUGUCUUCAUGGUACUGCACAAUUAAAGCCAAAAACUGCCAAUAAGUCGUCAAGUUCCUGUAAUAUAGAGUAAAACAUGUUUCACUCAUGAAUAAAAGCUAUGGUUAAAUAACGAUAGAUAUAUUGUUACAUCCAAAACAAAAACAAAA